AUGGGACCACCUGGAUUUCAGCAACAAGGAUCAUUAGAAUUUCAGCAUCAGCAAUACAGACCUUUCCAGCAGACACCUAUACCACAACAGUCUCAACUUCCUGCUCAGGAGAAGAAGCCUCAAUUGGAGGAGAUGUUCAUGCAAUACAUGGCAAGCCAGGACACUAUGAUGAAGAAAAUGGAUGCAAAAAUUGAUAAGGUUGCUCAGUCCAACCAAACAUCCAUUCAUAAUUUAGAGGUGCAAGUAGGUCGGUUGGCUAAAUUGGUUGCAGAAAAAGAUCGAGUUAAGUUUCCUAGUACCACUGAAAUAAACCCUAAGGAAGGAGCUAUGGCUGUCACUUUGAGAAGUGGUAAGAUAUUGAAUGAAAUUAUGAAAGAAAAUGAACCCACGAGGGUUGAAAAGGAGAGUGAUAAAGAAGAGGAGCAAGUGCCUAAAGAGAAUUCUAGUGAUCAAAACCUCAUUUCCUCUACAGUGAAACCUUAUGUACCGCUCAUUCCAUACCCACAAAGGUUACAAAAAAGGAACCGGGACAAUAACUUUAAAAGAUUUUUGGAGGUUUUUAAAAAAUUGCAGAUUAAUAUUCCUUUUGCAGAAACACUUGCUAAUAUGCCAUCUUAUGCCAAGUACAUUAAGGAAAUUGUGUCUAAUAAAAAGAAAUUGGAAGAGCUUGCUACUGUGCACCUAAAUGAGGAGUGUAGUGCUAUUCUACAAAGCAAGUUACCUCCUAAGCUAAUGGAUCCAGGAAGUUUUUCUAUUCCUUGCACUAUUGGUAAUACUGUUAUUGAUAAAUGCUUAUGUGAUCUAGGUGCCAGUAUUAAUCUUAUGCCUUUAACUCUUUUUAAGAAGUUGGUAAUAGCUGGAAUGAAGCCAACAACAAUCUCUCUUCAACUUGCUGAUAGAUCAGUCAAGUACCCGCUUGGAGUAGUAGAUGAUAUCUUGGUAAAAGUUGGUAAAUUUUAUUUUCUUGUUGAUUUCCUAAUUCUUGAUAUGGGUAGUGAUACAGAUACAUCUCUUAUAUUUGGUAGACCAUUUUUGUUAACAGGAGGAGUAAUAAUUGAUAUGCCAUUAGGGAAAUUGAUUUUUAGAGUAGGGAGAGAAAAAGAAGAAUUUUCCAUCUCUAAAGCUAUAAAAUUACCAACUUUUGAUUAA